UGUAUUUAAUGUUUUAGAUAAAAAUACGAGACUAGAUCGAGUGGAUCUGAUGAGAUCUGAUUAGAAUCAUUAGAUCUAUAGGCCUAGAUCUAAUACUAGAUUUAGUUUAGAGGCUAAAUUUAAUAAAGUUUCUUUUUAGAUUAAACAAUCACAAUGGGAACAUGAUCCACGUAGUCGUAGAUCUAGAACUACAGAUUCUACGUUAUAGAAUGAUAGAUUUUUUAGUAUCAUUUAAUUUAGUUUAAAUUCUAAGGCAGUUUUUGAGUAUUUGAGUCUAAGUCUAAGGUAAAGAUUAGAUCUGUAACUCAACUCAGUGUCAGAAUAGUGAUUGAAUAGAAUCUAUCACUUAUGAUACAGUGACUACAGAACAGUGAUGAGUGUGGAAAUAGUGAGUGUUCAUCUCAAGUUCAAGUAGAUUCCAGAUUGUUAGUCCUAUCAUAGAUGAUGGUGUUGUUUUGUGUAGUCUAGAUAGAAUCUAGGAUUGUUAGGAUUUUAAAGAAAAUCAUUGAACUUUAUUUACAUCAUGACAAAUAUGGCAGACUCGCUCAACCAGUAUCUUUUAGAUCCCAACCAAAGCCCAGGAAAUGAAAUUUUGCAUGUACCUGAAGGGGUCUACCGAGGAUGGGUACCCAGAAGUCUGUACAGUAUGGAGCUCCGGGAAAUCAGGCUACCUUUUCUUCGUUUGCUGAGUUUCCCUGUUGGUGGAACAUCGCUAGGAGUUCUGUCCAAAACCUUAGCGUCUUUUGAUGCUGUGGGCAACAAUCUGACUAGAUUACCAGCUGCCUUUGCAGAGUGUAGUAAACUGACUAGACUAAAUCUAAGUUUUAAUCAUCUGUCAGAAAUUCCUGCUCCUAUUUAUAGACUGACGUUAUUAGAGGAACUAAAUUUAGAACAUAAUUAUAUUGCAACUCUAGAACCUUCUAUCGCACAACUUUCCCAUUUGAAGGUUCUCAAUUUGAAUGGUAGUCUGUUAGAAGAGAUCCCUGAUGAGCUGCGAAGAUGCAAAAGACUCAAAGAACUUUAUCUCUCUGGAAAAAUAUACCCCAGCGGGACUCUGAAAGAAUUCCCAGAAUGUGUCUGCGGCUUACCAGAUCUAGUUGUCCUUGAUCUUUCAUGGCAACGGCUUAAAAAAAUACCGGAUUGUGUUGGGUCACUGCGUAAACUGGAGGCAUUAAGCCUGAAAUGGAAUCAGCUUCAGGAAGUCUCCCAAGACCUACGAAAGUGUACUAAGCUGAAGAAAGUGGAUUUGUCUGGUGCUUUAAGACUAUUGGCUACUAUACCUGAAGCUUUAUUUAGCCUGGAGGAUCUUGAGGAACUUUAUUUGAAUGAUAAUUAUUUUACGGACAUCCCUGAGGGUGUUUGUGGCCUUGUCAAACUGACCCAGCUGUGUAUGAAGCGAAACUCUCUGUUGCGAAUAUCAGAGGAGUUUUACCAACUGCGCUAUUUGGAGAGAUUGAACUUGAGUGAUAACUACCUGGACAGUAUUGCACCGGGUAUCAAGAGGUUGAAACGCCUCCAAGUGCUUGAGCUGGACAACAACAAGCUGACUGAGUUGCCUGAAGAAGUGUGUCUACUAGAGCAGCUGCACUAUCUUGGAGUCGCAACAAACCAGUUGACCAAACUUCCAGAAUCUAUUUACUGCCUUCACAAUCUACGCAGCCUUGACGUCAGCAACAACCAGUUGAGUGAGGUGCCGCUACUGAUGGAUCAGUUGGACAGGCUGGCGGAGAAUGAUGGACUUCAUAUCCUUAACAACAACUUGCACAGUCCGUUCAAGGAGAUUACUACGCUCGGAACACAAGCCUUGUUUGAAUUUCUGAAAGGUAUCAGGCUGAAAGAGGCCCACCAUCGGUGGAAGAUGAUUCUUAUUGGCGCUGCGCAAGCUGGCAAGACGAGUCUUCGCCAGGCUUUGAUGCUGGGCAAGUCCAAACUCACAGCAGAGCAUGAGCGCACUUGGGUAAUGGAGAGACACCUGUGGGAGCCUGAGUCUAGGCUUAGAGUACAGGUGUUGGACUUUGGAGGUCAUCACAUCUACCAGGCUGCACAUCAUCUGUUCUUGUCAUCUGAUGCUCUCCAUGUCUUGGUAUUUGACCUGACUAAAUACACCUCACAGGUGUAUGAAGACCUUAUUGGCCACUGGCUUGAUGCUAUCAUUGAUCGAGCAGCAGGUGCCAAAAUUGUGUUAGUCGGCACGCACUGUGACCUCUGCAGUGAGGAUGACGUGAAGGAAAAAGUGGACGAGAUCCUGCGGCUAAUGCACCGCGCUGAACAGCGCAAAUGUCAAGAAAUUGAACGAGAAAUAAAGCACAUCCUGGAAGAAAUCGACAAGCCGGAGACCAAAGAGUAUAGCAGCGGCAUUCCAGAGAUAGGAGUUGGACGUCUGGAGGAGAAACUGAAAGAAUUGCAAAAGAUGAGAAACUCCAGAUCCGAGCUUCCCCAAAACAUUUUUGUUGUGAGUUGUGCUGACGACCUGCGAGGCGUGAAGGACCUGAGAAACUAUUUGAUUGAAGUAUUGAAGACGAAGCCCGCCAGUCAACUUCCUGGACCAUGGUUCACGUUCUUAGAGCAGAUUCAGCAGGCUGAAGAGAAAGUCAUCAGCUGGGAGAGUGCUCUUGGCAUCUUUCAGCAGGUGAUGUCCGAGAACCAACAGUCCAUGAUGGGAAUGAGAGGAUCACCAGAGAGCAGCCUCGACAUGGUUUUGAAGUAUUUCCACUCUACCGGGGAAAUUGUCUGGUACCAUGAAGAUGACCUGCUCAAGACCACCAUCUUCCAGAAACCUGAGUCUUUGAUUGACAUGCUUCGGGCAGUGUUUAGGCACGACUUUGAGGAGGUGGUCUUCUACAACCAGGACAUUGGCCAGGAGUUGUCUUUCUCAGAGUCCCAGUUCAAUAAAAUGAAAAAGAACUUCCUGGGCCGAGGGCUGCUGACCAAAGAGAUGCUCCGCUAUUUGCUGGUCCAUUUGAAUUUAUCCGCCGAGACAUCAGACAAUUUCCUGAAACUUGUUAUGUCUCUUCUGAUUAAGUUUUCCCUUUGUUUCGAACUGCGAAAUUCAACCACCAAUUCUCUGAUUGGAUCGUCUUUUAUUGUCCAGUUCCCUUGGUUUUUCCCCGAGAGCAAACCAGAGGACUUUGAAUCCAAGUGGCCGUCCACUCUUCCCAGAAACACAUUUGAGCUGACGAUGGAGAUAAUGUUUUCUGGGAAGGCUCCGCCGAAUUUCUUUGAGAAGUUAUCUGUGAAGCUGCACAGUUUCCUUGCCAACGGCCCCAGGAUAAACUGGCAGGAUGGGGUCAUUGCUGAGGUCAACAGUUCAAGUCUGUUGGUGGUCAGGGAGAGGAGACUGGACUCUACAGUGGUGGUUGUGUCAGCCAGGGGUGCCUCGGACCUUCAGGAGAUCUGGUCGCUGGUGCUGAGCGUUCGAAGGGCAGCCAUGAGCCUCUUUAAGGACUGGCCACUACUGAAAUGUGAAAUCUCGUUGGUGUGCAUGCACUGUGUGCUGUUGGGUCUGGAUGACCCCUGUAGGUACCCAGGCUAUGUGCUGGAGCACUCGAUACCCAAGGGAGUCUACUCCAUGAAUUGCUGCGACAAAUGUCCUGAUGACUCGGUGCCAACUUGUUUUGUCUUCCCACUACUUGAUAUAGAUGACCACUGUCACCAGGAGUACAUGAAAGCAGCCACUGACUUCAUUUCUGCUGUCAGCACGGACACCUUAGACGGUCCACAAGAGAGAGAGAGUGGUAUUCUGUCAGACAGUGGAUUAGCAUUUUUAGCCUCUCAUCUGGGUAAAAACUGGUCCAUCUUGAUGCUUCGUCUGGGUCUGCUGCAGAGCAAAGUGGAGCAGUUACAGAUGAACUAUCCGAGUGAUAGCUACAGGCAGAUAUUUGGGGCGCUCCAAAGUUACCGAGAGGACGGGACCACUGGGCCAGACAAAGUCACCCUGUUGUUGGAUGUCCUGGGCAGCGAGGACAUAGGACGUCAGGACCUGGUUGAUUUGCUGAAAGAAAAGUAUUCCUUGUCCUAGCUCUCUAGAGCCAUUAGUUUAUUUGCUUCAUUUUCCCUAGUCCGGGUGCUUUCAAAAAGAAUGAUGUCCCAGGUUUGGUGUCAGGGGAUCUCAGUAUUACAUUGUUGCCACCGCAGUGGUUCUCCUCCUGUUCUAAAAGGCUUAGAAUGUGCCCUACCCUUCUAUUGAGAAUACAUACCUCCAUUUUGUUUAACAUUUCAUCCAGUGCUGCUGUUCAGUGAUUGUUUCAGUCUGCUAUGAUUGUUUUAAUCUUGUGUGAUUGAUUAAGUUUGUGUGAUUGAUUCAAAGUUGUUGAUUUUUUUUUUUUAUUUAUCAGUACAGUGUCUUUUGGUUGGAAGCUAGAAAUCCUCAUCAUGAAUUGUGAUUAAAAGUUCCUCCUUUUUAGAUCUAUAGGGCAAAUGGUGUAAAGGUCAUCUGUUUUCUGUGGCCCACGGUUAAUGAGGGAGUCAUGUGGCCAGUAUGACUGAGUUAAUCUUAAAAUGCAUUUAACUCUUUCCUUUGUAUGUAGUUCCCACAGGUCAGAGUAGGCUUUAUGCUGUAAAAUUUCUUUUUGCAGCACUUUUUGGUUUAAAUUUAAAUGUAAUUUAUUUAAAUUUAAUUUAAUUUAAAACAUUUAAAUGUUGGCACUGUAAUUAAUGCAAUUUGUAAAAUAUUUGAUUGUCACAAGUUGUUUUUCUAAUACAUUUAAAUGUUAUAUUUACACCUAGAUAAGAUGUUUUUUUAAACUUAGAAACACUAGACGGUGUGUUUCAUAGAUGUUACAAAUAGUUGAAGUGAAAAGCUUGAAAGUUAUGAUACAAUCAUUCUGUGUCAACUAGAAGUGGGCAUUAGGUAUGAUCACAAAAUGUUCCACUUCAGGUCUCAGUUACAGUCAUGAAGUCUUCGAAUAUUUUGAUAUUAUUUACAUUGCAUUAUUUUUAAUGAAAAGUGAACUCUAAGAAACUUUUGUGUUUAUGUUUAUUUUAGUAAGUUUAUGUUUAUUUUUCUUUGUCUUUUCUAACUUUCUGUAUGUUGUUUUUUUAUGUCUAGGUUUAUUUUUCUAUGUUUAUUUUUUUUUUAUUUUUUUUUUUAGUAUUUUCUGUUCAACUCAUGUUAGAUCACCAUUUUCUGUUUAGAAAUGUAUUUUUUUUUAAGAUUUUUAUUUCUCAUUUCUGAGGAUUGAUAGUGGCAGUUGUCAAAGCCGCAGUUACUUGGCCAAAUAUUUAAGUUCUUUUCCUCUUUCAGAUUAACUAGUUUUGAUUUACGAUGGCCCCAUUAAAUAUGGGGACAUAAGAUUGGGGGAAGGUCAAUGCCUUUUAUGGACAGCAAAUAAAUGUUUGCUGCUCUUGAGGCCUGGAUUAAUGCCCCUGUGAUUACCAGCUAAGUUAGGUUACCUGGACUCAAGGGUGAAAAUCUUGGGUGGUUGAAAGUGGUACUGACUGUAGGACCCUGAAACACCUUUCAUUUGAGCAACCUGCUGAGACUAUAAUUUUAGAAAACAUGGAAGGAAGUGGGCAGAACCUAGCCUUCUUAGAAAACAAGUUUUAUAACAGGUGAACUAAAUCUGCAUGGUAUGAACCUUCUAUGAGAGUGACUAUUCUAAUUAACUUGACUUUUAAAAAAUGUAUGGUUCAGAGAAAUGUUUAACUUAUUCUGAAUGACUUUGAUAUGACUUGUGACAAGAGUUAUCUUGAUAUGACUUGUGACAAGAGUUAUCUGUUGUUAGUAAUAUUUUAGUAUUAUUUAGCAUUAAAUGCAUAGGCUUGAUUACAAAGUAGUUGAUGUUUAGAUCUACAUCUUACUUAUGUAUUGCCAGUGAGCUGAUUGGAUGAUUUUGGUGGCCAGGUAAAUGUUGCCCUUGUAUGUUAAAACUAUGAAUAUUUGUUUUUAUUUUGGAAAUGAAAGCUAAAAUGUUUUAGUUUGUUUGUUAGAAAUGGCUGCAUUGGAGGUCAGUACCAAUAUAGAUUGCAGGUUUUGAACUUUGUAUUCAGAUAAAGCUUGUAUUUUUUUUUAUAGUAUCUAGUAUCAGGAAACUUUCGAGCUUAUUGAGAUUAGAAAUUGUUGUUUGUAAACAACUGAUUGUAAACUGAUUUUUUCAUCUGGUGAUAAAGGAAGUGCUAUGAUGUGUAUUUCGUAUCACUUGUUUAAAAAUAGCAAGUAUGAAUGUAACAUUUCUAGAGCACAAUACAUCAUUUAUUGAGACUUG